UUAUCAUAUGCGUUCUGUGCCUUUCUUGGCUGCUUGCAGGUUUCACUGGAAAGCCCAGCCUCGGUGAUGCCAAUCUGAUGUGGUAGAGAAGAGCAAGAGAAGGAGGAGCACAAGGAUGAGGUUGGAGCGGUCCUUGCCUCUCCUGGGACUCGUGCUGUGUGUGGUUGGCACCGCGGCUCAGCAGGAUGACAUCGAAGCACAGGGGGAAUUCCUGGUGGAGAUUUCUGGCACCACGGUGACAAUCACGUGUCCCUUGACUGAAGGCAGUGUCACCUGGGACUUAACUGGGACAAAACCAGAAAAUAAAGACAAGAAGCUCGUUCUAGAGAAUCACGACAGCUCUCCUGCCAACGUGAGCUGCUCGGAAGGUGCUAAGAAGUAUGACAUGUACCUGAAUGCCAGAGUGUGCGCAAACUGUGAGGAGCUGGAUACCUUGGCCGUGACAGGGAUCAUCAUUGCGGAUCUUCUCAUCACUUUCGGGGUGCUAAUUCUGGUCUAUUACUUCAGCAAAGACAGGAAGGGGAGAGCGAGCACUACUGCUGGCAGUCGGCCACGAGGUCAGAAGACUCAGCGUCCUCCCCCCGUUCCAAACCCAGACUAUGAGCCCAUCCGGAAAGGCCAGCGGGAAGUAUAUGCAGGCCUGGAAUCCAGGGGCUUCUGAAAUUCCCACGGACGGCAGGCUGCGGAACAGCAGGAGGGGGGCUGAGCGCUUCUGCCCCACUCGGUACCCGUUCUCUGCAGGCCUGCCGAGGCCCAAGCGUUUUGGGAUAAAACCAGGCAGCUACACAGCACAGGCACCCUGCUGCCCUCCGCUGACCCACCCCGACGUGUUCCUUUGGCCUUCGGUUCGACAUUAGGGAGAAGAAUCAAACGAGCACAUUGGCAAGGGAAGUUUUCCUUCUCGUUAAAGGACUGCAGCCUCACUCGUGGCUCCUGGCCUCCUUUUCCCUCCCGCUUCUCCCUCUCUCUGCUCCAGUUGCCUGCUCUCGUUUUCCCUCCCACUUAAUUUCCACCCGGAGUGCCUCCGCUUGCUCCCCAAGCCUCCCCGGGUAGCCAGCGGGCAUUCUCGGAGUGACCGGCCUCUGACCUGGCCCUGCUCUCACGUCCAUAGCCUGUCUCAGGUUUGCUGCCCAGGAUUGUAAGGAAAGGAACAGAGGCAGUCAGUAUAUUAAAACCAAGAUGAUACAUUUUCAUAGAAAAGCCAGGGCUUGGACUGAAAAUAUUUCAGUCAAAAAGAACAGUUUUCCUUUAAAAAAAUGAGAAGCAGUCCUGGCAGUACGUGCAAACCGACCUGCCCUUCUUCUGAAGGGAACGAGUGGGGCCGGUACCACUCCGCAUCCAGUGACCUUCACGUUUCCGACCUUCGGCAGAACAUCCUCGUAGGGUCACACGGGGACCUGGUGCCUUCCCAAGCCACCUGAAAGCCUCCUACGAGGAAAUUUAAGUGCUUGGCUGAGUGCUAGACCUGUGUUACUAUUAAAUAGUGGGGCUCUUCGAUACCUCAGCUAAGAUUUGAACCCCCACCUCGCAAUGAGUAUCAGCUUUGUAGGCUGAAACAGCACAACAGGGAUUUUCCUGUUUUCCAGAUCAGAACUGAGACCCUUUGGCUCAGACCCAGGACUAGCACUCUGCUCUUGAGACAGCUUGUUCACUGGAAUUGAAAUGAAUGUAUUUGGGCCACAGAGAUAAAGCCCAGGACCUACAAAAUCCAAGAGAGCAUCAAGCCCUUUUGCUAGGCUGUCCUCAUCCCAGAGCCUUCAUGGACUCCAUUUGUACCGAUAGUAGUCCAGGAUAAACACAUUUCUUUGAGUGUGUUGUACCCUAAGGGGUGUACAAGUACAUCUGCUGGCCAAGUAUAAUUUUCCAGAGCUAUUGCUCUUUGAGUUUCUUGUGAUCUGCCCUGUGUUGCUGCCCUUUCUCUCCCCAUUUCAGCUCUGCAACUUCAGUUCUGCCUGGGGUCUGUUAGAAAGACGGCGGGCUUCUUUGCUGUUG